AUGGCAAUCCACAAUGACACCUCGAGCAAUGAGUUCCCAGACCAGGAGAAAGCUGGCGGUGAAGACCAUACUCCCUAUUUAGCUGCCAACAUAGAGGAGGAUUAUGAAGGAAAACCUACGGCGGAGGAACUCCGGACACUGCGCCGUGUCCCUACGAACAUUCCGAUCAUCGCCUACCUCAUCUGUAUUGUCGAGUUCUCAGAGCGGGCCUCAUACUAUGGCGUCCAGCCACUAAUAAGUAAUUUUGUUAACCGCCCUAUGCCUACUGGAGGCAAUGGCUGGGGUGCACCUCCAGCUGGUACUCAACAAACAGCUGGUGCCUUGGGCAUGGGUACUCAAGUUGCGAAUGCUAUCGGACAGUCUUUCAGCGUCAUUGCUUAUGCUUCACCACUCAUCUUUGGCUACAUUGCGGACGUCAAGACGGGCCGGUUCAAGAUGAUUUCAUGGGGCGUUCUCGUCUUUGGCAUUGCCCAUGUACUCAUGUGUGCUGCUGGCGCUCCCGAUCUUUUGGCCAAUGGAAAUGCCAAGAUUCCUUACUUCAUCUCUAUCUAUAUCUUGGCAAUUGGUGCUGCCAUGUUCAAGCCCUGUGUUUCGCCCUUGCUACUGGAUCAAAUGACAAUAACCGUCCCUAAAGUCAUCACCACGAAGAAGGGCGAGCGUGUGAUCCAAGACCCAGAGUCUGGUACCGAGAGAGUUAUGUUGUGGUUCUACCUGGUGAUUAACAUUGGUGGAUUCAUGAACGUAGCCACGGCCUACAUUGAAAAAUAUGUAGGGUGGUGGCUAGCAUUUCUCGUGCCCCUAUUCCUUUACCUACCAUUGCCUUUCCUCCUCAUGUUUCUCAAGAAGCGAUUAAUCCUUCACCCACCGGCUGGUAGUGACCUUGGCAAGAUUAUCAGGAUCAUUGGUAUCUGCGUAAAGGGGGCGGGCAUCAAGGGAUUCGGCCGCAAGGGUUUCUGGGAAUCUGCGAAACCAUCAGUGAUCCGUGCAAAGGGCCUGAACGUUCAAACUGAUUGGAACGACGAGUUCGUGGAAGAUGUCCGCCGUACAUUCCAGGCCACUGGAAUCUUUUGCUUUUUCCCAAUUCAAUACCUCAACGACAAUGGCAUUGGAUCGGCCGCCAGUUUCUUAUCCACCAUGCUGACAACCAAUGGUGUGCCUAAUGAUGUGAUCAGCAACUUUAACACGCUUAGCAUUAUCUGCGUUGCCCCGAUCUUGAACUAUGGCCUGUAUCCCUUUCUACGCAAGGCUGGCAUUCAUUACGGUCCCAUUGCCCGUAUUACCACAGGAUUGGCAUUGUCUUCGAUUGGUGGUGCUGCAUAUACCGUUCUCAACUAUUAUGCAUACAAGCUGUCACCCUGUGGCGAAUAUGGUUCCAGCGACUGUACCAUUGGCGACGGCGUGGCUCCGAUCAGUAUAUGGUGGAUGGCAAUUCCAUUCGCGAUAGGUGGUAUCUCGGAGCUGUUUGUCAACGUUCCAGCCUAUGGUAUUGCCUACUCUCGGGCUCCUGUGAACAUGAGGGGUCUGGUCUCCGCCAUAAACCUCUUCACGACCGCUGUGGCAUACAUCAUUGGACUGGCCUGCUCUGCUGUCAUCACCGACCCUUACCUGACAUGGGACUUUGGCGGCCCCGCCAUCGUUGGUGGUGUCUUGACGAUUAUUUUCUACUUCAUGUUCAAGCAUAUCGACGCCGAGGAGUUCCAACUUAGCCAAAAGAACGACAACACAGACUAUCAUCUAGAGAUGGAGGGUACUGUCAAUGUGGUUGGGGAAAAUGAACUGAACAAGACGACAAACCACACGGCACCUAUCAACAACAAUGAGGAAAUGCUCAUCUCAGCCAAGCAGUAG